GACCGGGCGAUUGCAUUUUACCGGGGAGAAGCAAAUUCUCUAAGCAGACGUCGCCGGCGUGAAAAUGGCGCCCCCACUUUUAAAUUAAUAGCAGACCGAGAAGACGGGAGAAGCUCAGGCGAUAGGGUUUUCCAGAGGCGGAGAAGAAGAAGAAGAAGAAGAAGAAGAAGAAGAAGGAGCUCAAGCUCGGAACGGUUUCGUCGAUCGAAGAUGAUUCUACGGACUCCCCCACCGAAGAAGCUGCGAACCGACACGAAGGCCGCCGUGGAGGAGAGCUCCCCGGCCGGGCAACUCCUCAUCUACGAGGACCCGCCGGACGCCCCCGACCAGCCCUCCGACCACUUGCUCUGCACCUACCAGUGCCGCCAAAUGGUUAAAUCAGAGUUUUUUGAUGCCUUGAGCAGUGCAGAGAAGCAAGCCCGUGAUUAUCAAUCUAAAUGGGAGUCAUUAAAUGAUAACUUCGGCAAAGUGGGUGGGUACCAAAGUCAACAAGCAGAGAGGAAGCAAUUCAGAGAACAGUUCUUAUAUGCGGAACAAGAACUUGCUGCUGCAAAAGGGCGUGAGCAGGCACUCCAGGAGCAGCUCUUGAAGGAAGUCAAUGAUUCUAAGGAACGCUUCAAAAAGCAGAUCCAAUCAUAUAGUGAGCUUGAGGUUAAACUCCAAAAUGAAGCUAAUCUCCGGAAGAAAGCUGAAUUCUCUGCAGCUUCAUCUCAGGAGAAAGCAAAUACUUUAGAGGGGCAACUAAAUCGUCUAUCCGAGAGCAUGGAAAGGGAAAAGAAGUCCCUCCAAGCAGAGCUUGCACAACUGAAAAGGGAAUCAAGACAUUCCCUUUCUAGAAAAUGUGCAGAGCUUGAGAAAGUGGGGAGCAGAGCUACAAAUGCAGAAAAAGAAUCAGAGCUGCUCAAGGAGCAAAUGGAGGUUCUUAGAAAGCAUCUUAAUGAGUGCUUGCACCAGAAGAGUGAGGCAGAGAAAAAGUUGGCUACUUUGACCUUUCAGGAACCCAAUUCUACUGAUGCAAGUAUCUUGGUGAAGCAUCUACAAGAAGAGCUAAGAAAUUAUGAGUCAGAGGUUCGGGAAGCAAGAAAUCUUAAAUUAUCAUAUGAGCAAACUGAAUUAUUGAGGGAAAAGUUGUUUGAAGAAAGGAGCAGAAGGGAAAGGGCGGAAGCAGAGAUGUCAAAAUUGCAAGAACUCCAGCAUAAUAUGAAAAGUCUAGAGGAUGAGUUGUCAGCCUGGAAGCUGAUGAUGAAAGACAUUCCGGGUGUGUCAUCCCCUGAUGAUAUACCUGCAAAGUUUGCAUCUUUACAGAAGGAGGUGUUGGAUAGCACGAUGAGGCUGGGUGAGUUGAAUGCGCAUCUGAAACAAAAGGAGGUGGCUCUUGAUGAGGCACAACUUGGGAAACAAAGUGCUGAAGCAGAUGCUGCACUGGCCAAGGAGAAGUCGGAAGAGAUGGUGCAAGAGAUUAACCGUAUUCAGUCAAUGCUAUCUAUGGUCACUGAGGAGCGGGACAAAUUGAGGUCUCUUCUUGAGGAAUACAAGAGCACCAAGAAUGAUACAGGAGGGAGGAGAGUGGCUGAUGAAGCACUUCUGCAGGAGCUCCAGUCAUCUCUAGCAAACAAGGAAAAGUGCAUCAAAGAAUUGGAAAGCAGUUUACAAGUGCAAAAGGAAAUCAAUAAUCGUCAGCGAGAAGAGAUAAAGUUACUAGGCGAGAAGCUAAACAAUGAAGCUAGAAGAAUAAAGUCAUUAGAAAGGGAAAGUGAUCGUCUUCGAUCAGAGAUAGCUCUUUUGGAGGCCAAGCUAGGCCAUGGUGAUUUUUCUUCAGCAAAUACAAAGGUAUUAAGAAUGGUUAAUACCCUUGCAGUUGAUAAUGAGGCAAAGCAGACCAUAGAGGCUCUGCGAUCUGAACUGCAGAAGACUAAAGAUAAGUUAAAGGCUUUUGAAGAGUUGAACAAUCAGUCAGGUGAUGCUGUUAAAUCAGUUGAUUCCCAUAUAUCUGAGAAGAUAAUGCAGUUGAAGGAACAGAUUGCUACACUUGAAAAACGUGAAGAAAGAUACAAGACUGUCUUUGCAGAUAGAAUUUCUGUAUUCCGGAGGGCUUGUUGUGAGCUUUUUGGCUACAAGAUUGUGAUGGAUGAGCACCAACGUCCUAAUGGAAUCCCGGUAACACGAUUCACACUUCAAUCUAUUUAUGCCCAAAACAAUGAGGAGAAGCUUGAGUUCGAAUAUGAAUCAGGGAACAUAGCAAUCCUGCCAAAUGCAUACAGCUCUCAGCCUGACAUAUCCCAGCAGGUUGGAAUCUUCAUUCACAAGAUGAAUUCUAUUCCAGCUUUCACAGCCAACUUAACUGUGGAAUCCUUCAACAGGCGAACCUUAUCUUGAAGUGAGGUAGGUAUCUCCACCGCCUCCCGCUAAGAUAAAAAAGAAGCUAUGAUUCGCUACGCUGAACUUGAUGAACCGGAGAGACUUUUGCAUACGUCACUGUGGACCUUUGGUUCAUUUGAGUGCAAAGUUAAGGAUCUUCAUUGUAGGAGUGACUGGGCUUGCCAUGAAAACUAGAAUCGUGGUCACGCUGGUUGGAUUCCCCUCUUGCCUCGGUAUCUUCAUUGUGGUUGGUAUGAGGCUGAUUUGGUGCUCCGACUCAUGACUGCUGCACCUGCAGGCCCACAUGGGUGGAGUUAUUUCUGUAAAUUGCCUUUUUGGAGUAUUAUUUAUUUCGUAUUGUUAUUUUGUUAUUGCCAUCACGCUGGUUAUUAAUUACGGUUCGGUAGUUAAAACAUGUGAACGUGAUGAGAUAAGUCCGUAGGCCAUUUUUUUCUUGGGCUGAAUUCCUGCCAA